CUCAGACUGGAGCCCUGGUACUCGUACACCCACUGGUUCCCCAUGGCCUCCUCCCAUGUGAUGAAGCCGGAGCCGAUGCCCCGCAUGCAGCCGGCCAUGAUGAUGUUCUGCAGCAAGUACUGGAGCCGGAGGGGCAUGUCUCUGGACUCUGCCAUGUUCCAGAGGCACACCGGGGGCCAGAUGUCGAGGCGUCCGUCCUUCUGUCCCAUCAGCGAGUCGCCGGACAAAGAGAGCGCAGAGGAUUCUGGGAAAACAGCGGUGGUGUUUUCUCUGAAGAACGAAGUGGGCUGUCUGGUGACAUCACUGAAGCUCUUCCAGGAGAGCGGAGUGAAUCUGAACCACAUCGAGUCUCGGAGGUCGAAGAGAGUCGUUAACGAGGUGGAGAUCUACGCCGACUGCAGCUGCAGCCAAAAGGAGUUCAAGGAGCUGCUGGAGGUCCUCAGAGAGCACGUGAACAUCCUCUCCUCCAACACACCUGCUCACGUGUGGUCAGCAGAGGCAGAUGAAGAGGAUGUGCCCUGGUUCCCGAUGAAGAUCUCUGAGCUGGAUCAGUGUUCUCACAGAGUCCUGAUGUACGGAUCGGAGCUGGACGCGGACCACCCUGGCUUUAAGGAUGAGGUGUACCGGCAGAGGAGGAAGUACUUCGUGGAGGUGGCCAUGAAUUAUAAAUUCGGGCAGCCCAUCCCUCGCAUCGAGUACACCCCGGAGGAGGUAAGGACGUGGGGGGUGGUGUUCAGAGAGCUCAGCCAGCUGUACCCCUCCCACGCCUGCAGAGAGCACCUGAAGAACCUGCCUCUGCUGGAGAAACACUGCGGAUACAGACAGGACAACAUCCCCCAGCUGCAGGACGUCUCCCAGUUCCUCAGAGAGCGCUCUGGCUUCACGGUGCGUCCUGUGGCUGGGUAUCUCUCUCCCAGAGACUUCCUGUCUGCUCUGGCCUACAGAGUGUUCAACUGCACUCAGUACGUGAGGCACAGCACCGACCCGCUGUACACCCCCGAGCCCGACACGUGCCACGAGCUGCUGGGUCACGUCCCCCUGCUGGCCGACCCAAAGUUCGCUCAGUUCUCGCAGGAGAUCGGCCUGGCGUCUCUGGGAGCGUCGGACGAGGACGUCCAGAAGCUGGCCACGUGUUAUUUCUUCACCAUCGAGUUUGGACUCUGCAAACAGGACGGUCAGCUGAGAGCCUACGGAGCCGGGCUGCUGUCAUCUAUAGGAGAGCUGAGGCAUGCCCUGUCGGGGGCGGCCUGUGUGAGGAUGUUCGACCCGAAGACGACCUGCAGACAGGAGUGUCUCAUCACCACCUUCCAAGACGUCUACUUCGUGUCCGAGAGCUUCGAGGAGGCCAAGGAGAAGAUGAGGGAGUUUGCGAAGUCGAUAAAGCGUCCGUUCUCCGUGUACUACAACCCGUACACGCAGAGCGUCGACCUGCUGAAAGACACGCGCGGCAUCGAGGACGUGGUGCAGGACCUGCGCAGCGACCUGAACACCGUCUGCGACGCGCUGGGCAAGAUGAACACCUACAUGGGCAUCUGAUUGGUUCAAAUAAUCACCUGUGUUCAUGUGAGGGCUCUGAUUGGUUCAAAUCAUCACCUGUGUUUAUGUGAGGGCUCUGAUUGGUUCAAAUCAUCACCUGUGUUCAUGUGUGGGCUCUGAUUGGUUCAAAUCAUCACCUGUGUUUAUGUGAGGGCUCUGAUUGGUUCAAAUCAUCACCUGUGUUCAUGUGUGGGCUCUGAUUGGUUCAAAUCAUCACCUGUGUUUAUGUGAGGGCUCUGAUUGGUUCAAAUCAUCACCUGUGUUCAUGUGUGGGCUCUGAUUGGUUCAAAUCAUCACCUGUGUUUAUGUGAGGGCUCUGAUUGGUUCAAAUCAUCACCUGUGUUCAUGUGUGGGCUCUGAUUGGUUCAAAUCAUCACCUGUGUUCAUGUGUGGGCUCUGAUUGGUUCAAAACAUCACCUGGGUUUAUGUCUGGGCUCUGAUUGGUUCAAAACAUCACCUGUGUUCAUGUGUGGGCUCUGAUUGGUUCAAAUCAUCACCUGUGUUCAUGUGUGGGCUCUGAUUGGUUCAAAUCAUCACCUGUGUUCAUGUGUGGACUCUGAUUGGUUCAAAACAUCACCUGGGUUUAUGUCUGGGCUCUGAUUGGUUUAAAACCUCCCUUCCUGUUUCAUAAAUGUAAGUAAGAUUUGCUGUCUAAUGGGUCCGAUGCUGUAAAGAGUAAUACACUUUAUCGAUGCGUAACCACAUCAUCUCAAGCUUUAUACGUCAGGUGAAGCAGAGUCUGGGCUGCCAGGUUGUGAAGCGCUGGUUAAAAAAUAAAAAGCUGUUUCUGAUCCAUGAUAAAUGUUUACCGUGUUAAAGUCAGCAGAUGUUCCUCAUUUGUUUCUGUCUCUCUUUUGACAGAUGCUUGAAGAAGUCAGAUUCUCUGUAACUAUAAUAAAUACAUGUG